AUGAAGACUGGCUCAUUGAUAUACCUGAUCCAGAGAGGUCUUCAGUACGUUGAGUGCGCCGCGCUCGUCAAUAAGGAUACGUCGCUGACUAAGGGUAUCCAACCACAACAGGAUGGUGGGUUGAGAAAAAAGUCUGCCGAGCCUUUCUGUUUCUUCCCAAACAUCAAUUCUGCGGUCGAUGUGGAGGACGAAGGUGUUGGGGAGGAAAAUGUCCACGCUCAAGAAGACGAUGAUGAUCCAAUGGAAGGAUCAAAUUCUCCAACUUCCGCCACAACCACUCAGACGACGAGUUCAAGAAAGCAUGGGCGGGAUGAUGUGAUAAACGGAAACGGCGUAACAGGCCACAAGCGAAGGAAAAAGGUGUUACCAGGAGCAGAUGGCGAUACGCCAAUGACAGACGGUUUUCCGGAAACACCUGUACCUGUCGAACUCAACAGCAUCGGUACCCAGAUGGAGGAAGAGGUUGUUGAAUUGACAGCGGCAGAUACAAUACUGCUCGGACAAGAAGAUAAAAGCGUGUUAACAUGCGCAUGGAAUCCAGUACAUUCGACGGUACUUGUUACAGCAAGUCCAGACUCGAUCGCGCGGAUAUGGAAUGUGCCGCUCGAGGCAGCACAAUCGUCCAUGAUUCAAAAUAAGAUUAUAUCACACGAACCGUUGGUUCAGAAAAAGGCGACUUUAAAUGACCCGACGGUUUCAAGACACGGAGAUGUAACGGCAUUGCGUUGGAGUCCACAGGGGGAUCUGCUGGCCACAGGCUCUUUCGACGGACAAACAAGAAUAUGGACAACUGAUGGAUUCUUACGCUUCUCGCACUCACUGCACAAAUACCCGGUUACCAAUCUAAAAUGGAACAAAUCGGCAAAUACAUUGCUUUCAUUGUCGUGUGAUGGGAAAAUCAUCGCGUGGGAUGCUGUUACAGGAGACCUUCGAAAAAGCUAUGAGUUGGCGAAUAUGGAAACAGCGGGUGAUAUGGACUGGGUGGAAGAUAACCAGUUCGUCGCAUGUGGCGACAAAGGAGGCGUUUUCAAAUACGACUUGAACACCGAAGAAUCUUUUGCGUAUUCAGGACACGAAGGAGAAGUGAACUGUAUAAGCUGGGAUGAAGUAUCAGACCGGUUUGCCACCGGAGGAGCGGUGGAUAAUACUGUUAUGAUUUGGGACAAAACCACGGAAGCUUGUGAGGCUAAGCUGACAGGACAUAUCAAAUCGGUCGUUUCCCUCGUUUGGCAACCCAUAACAACUAACUCGCCUCCUACAUGCCGCAUCCUCGCUUCUGCGUCCGAUGAUCGCACUAUUCGCAUAUGGAACACAAUCUCAAGGACACUGAUCCAUGAGCUACAAUGCCAUAUUGAUCCUAUAGAAAGCAUUUCCUUCUCACCAGAUGGUUCACGGUUAGCAUCGAGUGCAAACGGAAGGUUGGUUGUAUGGAAGACAGAGACGGGUACAAUGACGCACGUGUACGAUGGAACGAAGGUUAGGAGGAAGAACGGGAAGGUGUCAUCAGGAGAUGACGAAGGGAUCAAUCAGAUCAGCUGGGACGAGGGAGGAGUUAGGGUUGCGGUAGGAGGUGGAGAGCUGAAGUGCUCGGUGAUACGUCUAAAGCCAUCACCUUGA